AUGAGGAUCUUACAUGGCAAAAUACAUGAGGGGGUUCUUGAGCUUCCCUCUAGGAAGCAAACUAUUGAUGAAGACCCUUUGCCGAAACGAAGGGGGAAAGAGACAGUUGCUGUUAUUACAUGUUCGGAUGAUUUGCUCGAUGAUGACGAAUUGUGCCAGCCAUGGAGGAAUGAUCCGAAGCCACCGGAGGCCAUUUGGGAGCCUUGUGGAAACAUGGAUAAAGCUUACCGGUGCAAAUACUCAAAACCAUCAAGCUACGACACGCCAUGGCCACUCGCUGAUGGAUGGAAUGGUUGUGCAGACAAUGGAGUGUUCAUGUUGGACAUGCCGGAAGAACAAUGCCAGGGAGCCUCGUCUGGACAGUAG